GUCUGCCCUCCGCCCGUCGCUACUCCCUCCCCCUUUUCUCACCCCUUUGCCCCGUCACACCUCCCCCUCUCUUUCUCUCCCAGCUUUUCCUUCCAGUCUGAUUCUUCUGUUUGUGCCGUUGGCUGCAGAGGCGACUGGGGGAGGGAUCUCGCGAUUGUUGGCAUUUUUUUUUUUUAGAGGGGGGGAGAGUUAUUUGGAAGAUGGCGCCCGUUGUUACGGGGUAAGUGUUGAAAUUCAAAGCUGAACGUCCCCUUAAAAAGUGUCUUUUUUCACGUAAAAACCGCUAAAAAGUGACGGAUAUUCAGUGAUGUUGUGGGUAACUCUUGCUUUUGGACUUUAACCUCAGUUACCCCACACAGUGCUGCUUUUGUGGCUUGAUGUGGGGUAAGUUGUGCAAAACUAUUCUUCGUAGUUGCGUUAAACUUAUCUCCCGUUUUCUCAGCUGGUUGUCGAGUUGUUUCUGCGAGUUAGUUUCGUGUGAAAACUAUUUUAGAGACGUUGUAAACCACUAAACAGUUUUGGUUGAACUAUUUCUGUGUUUAAAAUGUUUUAGCCAGUUACAAUGUUGAAGUUUGUUGCUCCUUAAACGUCAAAAUCGUCAAGUAGGUAUGGAAGCGUAGUGCUGGAUUAACACAACAGCAUCUUGACUGUACAUUUACUGGUUAAACUCCUAAUUUAUCAAAUUAAAAUUGCACAGAAUGUAUAUAAAAGUGUUGCAUACGGUUUCAUUAUGUUGAAAGAUCACUCAUAAGUACUUUAAAAUAUUGAAAACAAUGGCAGUACUUCAAGUGGAUCAGAUUUUGUAAGACGUGCACCUGUAUUGCAGCUGGUGUAAAGUUACACACUUUGACUCAGUAUUAUGUUGUUAAUUUUACCUCUGCUAUCUUAGCCUUAAACUGAAACCACGUGUAAACACCUUACACUUUGAUGUUUUUGUUUUGCAGGAAGUUUGGUGAGCGACCACAGCCUCAGCGUUUGACAAGGUAGAAACACACUUUGUUGUCUUCGGUCUGACAACAACUUUUAAACUUAGAAACACUCUCAAUUGUAAUAACUGUCUUCUCUCAUUUCAGGGAGGCUAUGAGGAAUUACUUAAAGGGGAAGGAGGAUCAAACCGUUCUCAUACUUCAUGCAAAAGUUGCGCAAAAGUCAUAUGGCAAUGAAAAAAGGUUGGUGAUGGAUUGUUUCAGGAGAUACACUUUUAGUUUGUGUGUCGGUUAAUUAUUUUUUUUAAUCUGACAUGGCUUUUCUUCCUGCCUCGAUCAGGUUUUUCUGCCCUCCACCAUGUGUGUACCUGAUGGGCAGUGGCUGGCAAAAAAAGCUAGAGAGUAUGGAGAAGGAGGGCUGCACAGAGCAGGAGGCGCAGCCGUGUGCGUUCAUCGGGAUUGGUAACAGCGAACAGGAGAUGCAGCAGCUCAAUCUGGAGGGGAAGGUAAAUAGACGUGAAUAAAAACAGAUACCUUUGCUCUUCAAAUACUCCUUAUGCUUCACUUUUUGUAGCUGUUUUUUGCGUCUCGACUGAUUUACCACACAAAUAUAACCGCAGCAUGAAGUGCUUCGCCUUGCAGUUUUGCCAUAUCCUCUGUUUGCCACUCUAAAACCAUGUUUAAAAGCUGUAAACGACCAUGUUCUCUGAGGCAGUCUACCGGGAAGUGAAAGGGGCAAAAACAUGAACAUACAUGCUCACACAAAACCACCUAACCUGUCUUUUUCUCCCUACGUAAGCAUUUCUGUACGGCAAAGACACUGUAUAUCAGUGACUCUGAUAAAAGGAAACACUUCAUGCUGUCUGUGAAGAUGUUGUACGGGAACAGCGCAAACAUAGGAGUCUUCCUCAGCAAGAGGAUCAAGGUCAUCUCUAAGCCCUCCAAGAAGAAGCAGUCCUUAAAAAAUGCAGACUGUGAGUUUCAGAAAGUGUCAACACACACAGAAACUGGCUCGUGUAAAAAUCCUCUAUUUCUCACACAUUCUGUCUUUCUCUCUUGUCAGUGUGUAUAGCUUCAGGCACCAAGGUGGCAUUGUUUAACCGCCUGCGCUCCCAGACAGUCAGUACACGGUAUCUUCAUGUAGAGGGGGGAAACUUUCUUGCCAGCUCCCAACAGUGGGGGGCUUUCUACAUCCACCUGUGUAAGUCACACACUUUUCUUUCUGAUUUUAUUUCAUCUCCUGUGCCAGUUUUUGGUUUUCAAUUUUGAGUAAGAAAUACAAUGUACCUGUAAAAACGUGAAUGUAACCAUUUUACUGUUGUUUUUAGUGUGAAUUUUGAGAAUUUAGGCUAAUCGUAAGCAUUAGUUUAAAGGUAGAGAGUGAUAGUAAGACAUUGGAAAUAUUCUCAUGCUCUUUUUCAUUUUGUUUAGUGGACGAUGAGGAGUCUGAAGGAGAGGAGUUCGCUGUCAGAGACGGUUACAUUCACUAUGGACAGACAGUCAAAUUGGUGUGCUCUGUUACUGGCAUGGCCCUGCCCAGACUGGUAUGCAUAUAUUUUGGUCGGCCUAUUUGCAUGUGCCGGUGGGAUGUGUUUGAAACUGUAAGUUAUUUGCAAAUGUGUGUUUAUGGUGAGUGUUUGUCUUCAAUUCCACAGAUCAUUCGCAAAGUGGAUAAGCAGGCGGCGUUACUAGACGCAGAUGACCCGGUGUCUCAGCUUCACAAGUGCUGCUUCUAUCUGAAAGAUACUGACAGGAUGUAUCUGUGUCUCUCACAGGAGAGGAUCAUCCAGUUUCAGGUGUGUAACUACCCACACAAAGGGGUAACUUAGAUUUAUUUUAAAUUCUCUUUGGUUCCAGUUUAAAUAUCUUAACCUUUUGUAUGUCCUUGUGGUAGCAACUUGUUUUCCAUCUUUAUUGUCAUUUAGAAUAUAUUUCAGAAAGUAAUGUAUUUGAUUAAGCACGUGAAAAAAACAUGUCUGUGUAGUUGAUAUCGCUUGCAGUGGUGGCAGGUAAGUAUUGACUGUAUCCUGCAUGCUCCUGCAAUGUGUAACUAGUUCUGAUGUCAGCGAGGUCCAGAACUUGGUAGCUAAACCCACAGUCAGAAAAUCAGCACUAAUUAAACUUGAAAUAAUAAUGUAAUCACAGGCUAUUUGGAGUGAUUAGCUACAGUUAAUUUAUACUCUCCCUUUCUUACUCUUUCACUUCUCUCUUUCUUACCCCUCUUUCUAUCUCUUCCUCUUCAACCUCCCCCCCGAACAAGAUUUAAACUAAAUUCCUGUCAUGUUAUAUAUUAACCAUACAUAGAUGUCAGAAAAAUAAUACUGCAUCUGACUUGCAGCCUGAGCUGAAUCCCAGAGUGUGGUCUUCUUUGUCUUCAAAAUGUUUUACUUGCAAGGAGUCAACAGCUUAUAACAAAGGCAUCUUCCUCUAACUGAGGAAUUCAGAUUUUUACACAUCCUUUAUGCAGUCAAGAAACAGACACCCUCGCCUAACAUAUCAUCUAACAAGUGGCAUAACAUAACAACAGCAUCCAAAUAUGGUAAAGGUUGCAGCUGUGGUCUGUACUGGAAAGACAAAGACAGCUUAGUUCAUCAUCAGGUUCCUGCAUAUCAGUUCAAUGUCACACUGUUGGGAAAACAACCUGUAAAAAAAAAUAUCGUUUACAACUCCAAGGCCAUACUCCUCCUUUCCUGUGCUCAUUAAAAAGAAACAGAUAUAAUCCUGCAAACAUUCACACCAAGUGAUUUACAGUAAAUGAUGAUUAACAUACGUAUCUAAUGAUAAAAUAUACAAGUGAUAGCAUACACAUACAGUUUUUCUUCCAAUAGACGACUUGUAUGCAGCUGUAGAGUUCCUGUAGUGUUGGUUUGGUUUGUCCAUCACAGGUGGUGUCUGAAUUUGUCGUGUUUUAACAAGAGGACAAGAAGAGUCUUUGUUAUUGGUUAACGAUGAAUAAAGUAGAUAUCAAGAAGAAGAAGGGGAUAUGAUAUUGUUUUUUGUUUUUAUUUUGUUCUAGGCCACACAGUGCUCCAAAGAGAUGAACAAAGAGAUUAUUAACGACGGGGCAUCUUGGACUAUCAUUAGCACUGACAAGGCUGAGUACACCUUUUAUGAGGGUAUGGGCCCCGUCCCCACGCCAGUCACACCUGUCCCUGUAGUUGAAAGCCUGCAGGUAUGCAUUCCAGUCUCAACGGUUCAAACUAUUCCUACAAUGCUUUAUAUCAGCACAUACAGGAACGGUUAUGUUUACACCCCAUUUCUUACAUUUUCUUUCUCUGUCUGCUUUUAGUUAAACGGCGGAGGAGAUGUGGCAAUGUUGGAGCUGACAGGACAGAACUUUACUCCUAACCUCAGAGUGUGGUUUGGAGACGUGGAAGCUGACACUAUGUACAGGUAAGGAUUGAUACCUUUUGUUGAAAAUGUGUUUGUUUUGUUUGAUGACAGACAUAUUUGAACCUCCUCUGAUCUGUCUAUCCUCAUAGAUGUGGAGAGAGUGUCCUGUGUGUGGUGCCGGACAUUUCUGCCUUCAGGGAGGGCUGGCGCUGGGUGAGACAGCCAGUUCAGGUCCCCGUCACGCUUGUGCGCAAUGAUGGAAUCAUCUACUCCACUGCCCUCACCUUUACCUACACCCCUGAACCAGGGCCGCGGCCUCACUGCAGUGCCGCCGGGGCGAUCCUGAGGUCACACAGCACCUCCUCAUCAUCACCAGCAUCAUCGUCUUCACCAUCAUCCUCUUUGGGUGGACUCGGAGACGGCCAAGGCGCUUACAGCAGUAGUGACUCAGGCAUGUCAUCAGGAGGGUCAACCAUGUCCUCGUUGUCAUAGUGAUACUUGAGUGUGGUGUACUCUUGCUUUGAAUGUGUGCAUAGACUUUCCAAAGAGGCUCCCGGACCCAAGAAGAAUUGCACACAGACUCCUCAAAGAGCAUCUGCCAUCAUCAGAGAAGCUUCAGCGAGACGAAGCUGGACUGAAUCCUUUCUUUGGCUCCCUCUUGUGGCUGGUUAUGGACAAGACAAAAAAAACCUUUCAGAUCUGAAAUGAACCGGCCUUCAGAUUGGAACAGAACCACUUUUUAAAAAACUCUUUGGGGUCACAGUUAUUUUCACUGAUCUCUCUAUCCACCCGAAUCAUGUUUUUACUAAGAACUUGAUUUAUCUGUGUGUAAGGGAAAAAUGUGUUGUAAAAGUAAGAUAGUUUUUAUGGACCAAGGAAUAUUAUUAUAUUAUUUUAUUCAUAUUAUAUUUUAUAAGGUUUUACCAUGGUACAUUUUGACAUUUUUGUCAUGUUUUAUGAUACUGAGUAGAUUCACUUUUCUUGCCAAAUUGAAUUUGUUACGUUGUUGCCUCAACAGGUUAGAUAGGUUAAUAUAACCUUUAGUGUGUUUUUUUUAUUGUCUGACUACAGCGUCUCUGCUUUUCUACUCUUCUGUCAAACUUCUCAAAAGUAUCCUACAUGCUGUAAAAAUAUUAAAAGACAUGAUCAGGCAACUGACAAUUAAGACAUAUCUUCCAGCAGCUUUGGCUUAGCUGCUUUUUCAGUGUCCAAAAAAAAAACAUUUAACUUUAAAAAUGACCCUUUUUGAUGAGUAUGUAGGUAUGUGUUGUUCACUAUCUGUGUAUUUCUGGAGACUGAGUAUGAGUAUGCUCUUAAUCUACUGGGAGUGCUUACACUGAGAAAUAUCAAGAAAUUCAGCCCCUCUUACGUAGCUCUGGGCACUGCAACUUUAAAAUAAUAUAGUUAUGUUGAUUCAAAACAUAAUAUCCCCAUUAUGGAUGAGGACUGGGGAGGUCUCUUAAGGUAUGUGCCUUUUGUGUUGAAGUAAAAGCUUUAACAUUGUCUUUAGCUGUUGGCUAUGCCAUGAUCAGGAGUGAAUACAAUCACUGUGACACUUGGUGAAUAUUUGCACAGAUAUAAAGUCCUUGUUUAUUUUGCUUUUCAUUCACCAGGUAACCUUAAAGGGGAAAUUCAAACACUGCAAACCACUGAGUGAUGACAUUCUCAAUUUUUAAGAACAGUGCCAGUUUUUCUUGAGUAUCACCCAUCUAUCUUUUUUAUUCAUAUUGCAUGUGAUGUGAAUCGUUUUCAGGUCAACAUCAGAGCAUGUCAUUGACAGGUUUUAUGUCAGUAAUGUCAAUAAUUUCUGUGUCAGGAUCAUAGUUUACAGUGCAGUAACACCUAACAAUAGUUUGUUCAAACCCCGUGUUUAAAGUACCAUGGUUAUUCUCUAUAAUUUUUCAGGCUCUGUCAUGCAGUGUGUACAGUUCUGGUGCGUCAUACUUUGUUUACUUCAGACCGGCAGAUUGCAAACGGAUGAAUCUUCCAACAAAAAGUGUUUCUGUCUGCAGAGGUGGAGGGAUCCACUCUGUACUGUGCCUUACUUAAAUGGUUAUGGUCAAUCUGAGCCAUCAUGUCUCAUAUAUUAUCAACAGGUCAAAUGUAAGCUGACCUGUUAAAUCAACCCCAUCGUGUUUUCACAUCGGCAGCUUUAAAAGCAUUUUUGUUGCCCUUAGUCUCAGUGUCUCUACUGUCAUCCUGCCUGUCGUUUCCCACUCGCUCUUCUCCGGUAUGGUGACCCCGUCUAUCUUUCCAGUCUGGUUUAAAGCUCUUAAGUUAAUCUCUAAAGGUUAUAAAUAAAAGUUAAAGCCUAAUGUGA